GAAAACCUCACGCCGGAACAGAAGGGUGCUCAUGGCGCAAAGCCAACCCCGCUGCAGAUUAGCUGCUCAGGCCAGGCUCGACCGAGCCGCAAGCCACCCUCUCGCCCAAUAGGCACCAGAACCAGGCAAAACCACAGCCGCCAACACAUUUCCAUAUCUUUCCCCCCCCCGACGACCCAUGGCAGCUGGCUGCGCGGAUUGUGGCGCCGGCCCGCCGCCCUCCGCAGAGGCCUCCCUGCCGGCGUUGUGGGCCUCCGCCGCCAAUGGCGUGGACCUUGGCGCCAUACCGCCCGCCACCAGCUUGGCGGGCCCACCAGCGACGCGUUCGGCACCUGCGCGGGCCGCUGUCGGCACGGCGGUCGCACAGCCGGUGGCGGAGCGCCUCGAACCGUUGAAGCGCCCGACGAACUUCAGCGGCGGCGUCCAGACCCUGCUGGGGGGGGCGUUCUCCUUCAUGUGCGUGGUCAGGAUGGACGGCUUCGACCACUGGUCCCGCGUGUUCGACUUCUCUCUGGAGGCGGACGACGACAGCAUCACGGCCGGGGCCAUCGGGCUCACCCAGGACCUACAUUUCACGAUCUUCCGGGGCAAGAUGCCCUACUCAGUGCGCGUGGCCAAUUUCUUCGAGCCAGGGCGUGAGUUCACGAUGAUGUGCACGGUCACGCCGUCGGGACACAUGAAGGUGUUCAAGAACGGCGUUCUCGUGGGCGAGAACCCACACGGGAUGGUACCUCUGCGCACCCACAGGCCGCGCAUGAUCGUGGGCGGCCACUUCAAGUUCCGAGACCAGCUCUUUCGCGGCAGCCUGCGGGACGUGAAGAUCUGGGACCAGGAGCUCUCUUGGCCCGACGCCGCGCGAAGUUGAGCUCACGUCUGAGCACGUGCCCGUGCGACGCGGAUCUCCUGGGUGUCCCCCCGGGUCGCGAGGCCGCCUGCGCUUCGCUCGUCGCGGCCCAGGCCAGAUCGGCCGGACGGUCGCCCGUGCCCGGGUGGCCCCGGGAGGGCGCCAAGAUAUCAUCGCGUCGUCGGGGCACGAUCCGUGAAGUCGGGUGACCGAGGCCUCCGCCUCGCGGGCUCCUUCGCGGCCUCCGCCGGGCUUCCGCCCGCGCGGGGGAAGCUGCGCGGAGAGGUCAGGGGCGACGAUAGGGGCGAAUAGCCCAGGGGAGAGCAAUACAUGCUGUACCCAGGGGCGCCGAUGAUGAACUGUGUCUUCGAAAAGGCUCCCGGGCGAAUGCGUGCAAUGCCCGCCCCUGGGCUAUUCGCCCUUGUCGUCGCCGCUGGAGAGGGCGGCCUUUUUCCUGCGGGCGGGCGUGCCGCCUCGUCUAAUUAGCGGGCGGGGGAGGCAGCAGGGGGCCUGGGGCAGCUGGCGUUGGCCGCUCGCACGCCCAGGCCCCUUGCAGGGCCCACUUCAUGUUUCAACCUACGUCUUCCGACCGAUGGGUAAACAUGGUCCAUUUUCACGACGCCACAGAAACAUGCAACGGCCUGAUU